AUCACACCGGACUGUCUCCCCGCCGUAGACCCGGACUGAACCGUACCGAACCGGACCGUCUCUCCGCGGUAGAAAAGGACCGAACCGAACUGAACCGGACUGAACCGGACCGAACCGGACAUGGACAGACCCAGGUUCUUCACUCCCUCCGAGGUGGCGGCUCAUAACACCGCAGCCGACCUCUGGGUGUCUUUUCUGGGCAAAGUGUUCGACCUGAGCCCGCUGAUGGACCGGCACGGAGGAGACGUUCUGAUGCUGCCCAUCAUGGAGGCUGCUGGGAAGGACAUUAGCUACUGGUUCGACCCCGAGACCAAAGACAUCCGGACCUACGUGGACCUCCAGACCUGCUGUCAGAGGUACUACACCCCCAGGGGGCGCUUCCUCCACGUUCCCCCCGCCGGCCCUCGCUCCGACUGGGCCAGCGACUUCGGAGAGCCCUGGUGGAAGGACCAGAGCUACCAGGUGGGGCUGCUGUCCUCCAAGACCAGGUGGAUCCGGAUCAUCAACACGCUGACAUCCCAGGAGCAGCGGCUGGAGGUGUGCAGUGAGGAGACCCUGGAGGAGAUCCGACAGCGUUACCUGCGCUACAACGCUCACGCUCACAGCUACACCUGGAAACACAACGGAGAGGUUCUGGACCUGAACCUUACACUGGAGGAAAACAACGUUCUGGAUGAGGACGUGGAGCUGGAGGAGCUGAGGCUGGACCGAGACAUGUUCACGCCCGCUCUGCUGCUUUACUUCAGUGAUGACCUCACAGAGGGAUGAUGUCAUCACUAGUUACAGAUAAACAAUGAGCUCGAUCAGUCGGAUGCCUGGGCUCCGUUUUUGGUCUCAACCAGAGAUCAGCUGGUCUACAACAUGAGAUGGAAAGAUUCCAUCUGAAGCACAAACUACAGAAUCAACAACAAUAGGACAGAUACGACACACAAAACCAACGAAAUGAAACACACAUGACCAGAAUGAGACAAAAAUGACCAAUAAAGCAGGAAAUGACACACAAAAAUAAAAGAUGUAGAGUGAUUUAUAAACAUGUAUGACGUAUUAUCAGGAAUGUUUCUACAUUUAUGACUCGUUCACUUAUUGUUCACUUAUCAGGCUGUCAGUUGUUGCACAGAGCUAAAAAAGAAAAACACUACUGGCCACAAAUAGAGAUAUCUGACCUUAAAAUAACACAACCACAGAGAGACACAAAACAACCACAAAGAGGCACAACGCAACCUCAAAGAGACACAACACAACCACAAAAAGACACAAAACAACCACAAAGAGACACAAAGCAACCACAGAGAGACACAACACAACCACAAA